UUUGGGUGUUUGGUAAAUCAAAUCCAAGCUGCUUAUUUAAUAAGUUGCUGUCAUUCAAAGCUGAAAAACAGAAGCAGGUGGGGAGCUGCUUCUGAAAUCUGCUGCCAGGAGAAGCAUGCGGAGGCUUUAAUGAAACUUUCAAAAUGCCUAUACUGCCCUUAUCUAUUUUAACAAAUGACACGCUAUAUCCCAUCUUUUUCUCGAUCAAACCCUACGAAGCUCAUAUCGCACUCUCCAAUCCUUGCAGCCGUUCCUCAAGUUUUCUGGAGUUGUCUCAGCAAGAGGGGCUCUCUCAAAUCUGUUCACUGAAGCUGCGUUACAGUAAGGAUGAGGAAGAAUGUGGGAAGUUCAUCUCGAGCUACAGCUACUUGGAAUAGCCAUAAUAUAGUCAUAUUCUGUGAUUUAUGCAUCAAGGAGGUGGAGGCAGGACGUCGUCCUGGCACUCACUUUAACAAAGAUGGAUGGGAAAACUUGAAGCUAAAUUUUAAGAAAGAGACGGGACAUGAGUAUGGUAAAGUUCAGUUGAAGAAUAAGUGGGAUGCACUUAAGAUUGAAUGGAAGUUGUGGAAAGAACUAGUUGGGAAAGAAACUGGUCUAGGGUGGAAUCCAAGCAAGGGUACUGUUGAUGCAUCUGAUGAGUGGUGGACUAAUAAAAUCCAGAUAAAUCCUGAUUAUGGGAAAUUACGUAAAAAAGGUAUUAGUCCUGAGAUGGAAGAAAAGCUUGAUAGGAUGUUCAUGAACAGCCACUGGUGAACAUGCUUGGGCACCUUCAUCUGGUAUACUCCCACCAGAAACUGAAGAGGCAUCCAUGGGCGAUGUUGCAAUCGAUGGAAGUGCUAGUUCAGAUGAUUCAAAUCCAGUUGAAACCAUUCAAGCUUUGAAAAACGCUGCAAGGAAGGGGAAAAAAAAGCUGCUGAUCAGUUUAACAAUAAUAUUAAGAAAGAUAAGAGAGGAAAAAUUGGAGGGGCUGCAAAAUUGUCUAGCCAAAUUGAGCGCCUUGUUGAGGUUGUUGAGAGUAGAAGUACUGCAACUUCAUUGAUGAAGAAGAUGCAAAUAGGUAGUAGUAUUGCUGAAGUGAUGGAAAUUGUUGUGACUUUACCUGGGUGUGAACCUACUAGUAAUACGUGGUUGUUUGCCACUCAAUUAUUUUUGAAUCAAGAGAAGAGAGAGAUGUUCACUACCAUGAAAACACCUGACGUCAAACUUACGUGGCUUACUUAUGAAUUUAACAACCAAUAGGGAGAGCUUGUGUGUGAAGUGCUGGUUUUUAUGGUUAAACUUGUUAUUUGGAUUAUGUAUUUGUUAUUUGGAUUGUGUUAUUUGGAUCAUGUAUGACUAUUAUGUUGGAUAUUGUAUGUCGUUAUUUGGAUUA